GCGUCAGGGACAGGCCCCUCCGCCCUGGAUGAGCCCGGCGGGGAAGCUUCGCGUAACAGUUUCUGGGAAACAGGCACCUGUAUUCCAGCCUUACCUGCGCGAAGCCACACAUCCCACGUCACACAGGAUACGGGGAAGUCAGCCAUAGCCUGCAGGCGGGGAAUCUGAAACCUCGCGCAGGAGUUCCUUGGGAGAGGUGGAUUACAAGGACUCUUCCUCCCACCCGCUGUGCAAGAGCCAUGGGCGGCCGGUAGUCAUUUUUGAAGGACCUGGCAAGCACGGAAUGGGCUAUGUGAAUGAAAAAAGGUAUCCGUUAUGAAACUUCCAGAAAAAUGAGCUACAUUUUUCAGCAGCCGCAGCACGGUCCUUGGCAAACAAGGAUGAGAAAAAUAUCCAACCACGGGAGCCUGCGGGUGGCGAAGGUGGCAUACCCCCUGGGGCUGUGUGUGGGCGUGUUCAUCUAUGUUGCCUACAUCAAGUGGCACCGGGCCACCGCCACCCAGGCCUUCUUCAGCAUCACCAGGGCAGCCCCGGGGGCCCAGUGGGGUCAGCAGGCCCACAGCCCCCUGGGGACAGCUGCAGACGGGCACGAGGUCUUCUACGGGAUCAUGUUUGAUGCAGGAAGCACUGGCACCCGAGUACACGUCUUCCAGUUCACCCGGCCCCCCAGAGAAAUUCCCACGUUAACCCACGAAACCUUCAAAGCACUGAAGCCAGGUCUUUCUGCCUAUGCUGAUGAUGUUGAAAAGAGCGCUCAGGGAAUCCAGGAACUACUGGAUGUUGCUAAACAGGACAUUCCGUUCGACUUCUGGAAGGCCACCCCUCUGGUCCUCAAGGCCACAGCUGGCUUACGCCUGUUACCUGGAGAAAAGGCCCAGAAGUUACUGCAGAAGGUGAAAGAAGUAUUUAAAGCAUCGCCUUUCCUUGUAGGGGAUGACUGUGUUUCCAUCAUGAACGGAACAGAUGAAGGCGUUUCGGCGUGGAUCACCAUCAACUUCCUGACAGGCAGCUUGAAAACUCCAGGAGGGAGCAGCGUGGGCAUGCUGGACUUGGGCGGAGGAUCCACUCAGAUCGCCUUCCUGCCACGCAUGGAGGGCACCCUGCAGGCCUCCCCACCCGGCUACCUGACGGCACUGUGGAUGUUUAACAGGACCUACAAGCUCUAUUCCUACAGCUACCUCGGGCUCGGGCUGAUGUCGGCACGCCUGGCGAUCCUGGGCGGCGUGGAGGGGCAGCCUGCUAAGGAUGGAAAGGAGUUGGUCAGCCCUUGCUUGUCUCCCAGUUUCAAAGGAGAGUGGGAACACGCAGAAGUCACGUACAGGGUUUCAGGGCAGAAAGCAGCGGCAAGCCUGCGUGAGCUGUGUGCUGCCAGAGUGUCAGAGGUCCUUCAAAACAGAGUGCACAGGACGGAGGAAGUGAAGCAUGUGGACUUCUAUGCUUUCUCCUACUAUUACGACCUUGCAGCUGGUGUGGGCCUCAUAGAUGCGGAGAAGGGAGGCAGCCUGGUGGUGGGGGACUUUGAGAUCGCAGCCAAGUACGUGUGUCGGACCCUGGAGACACAGCUGCAGAGCAGCCCCUUCGCAUGCAUGGACCUCACCUAUGUCAGCCUGCUACUCCAGGAGUUCGGCUUUCCCAGGAGCAAAGUGCUGAAGCUCACUCGGAAAAUUGACAAUGUUGAGACCAGCUGGGCUCUGGGGGCCAUUUUUCAUUACAUCGACUCCCUGAACAGACAGAAGAGUCCAGCCUCAUAGUGGCCGAGCCAUCCCUGUCCCCGUCAGCAGUGUCUGUGUGUCUGCAUAAACCCUCCUGUCCUGGACGUGACUUCAUCCUGAGGAGCCACAGCACAGGCCGUGGUGGCACUUUCUGCACACUGGCUCUGGGACUUGCAGAAGGCCUGGUGCUGCCCUGGCAUCAGCCUCUUCCAGUCACAUCUGGCCAGAGGGCUGUCUGGACCUGGGCCCUGCUCAAUGCCACCUGUCUGCCUGGGCUCUAAGUGGGCAGGACCAGGACAGAACCACAGGCACACACUGAGGGGGCAGUGUGGCUCCCUGCCUGUCCCAUCCCCAUGCCCCGUCCGCGGGACUGUGGCUGCUGCUGUGCGUGUCCCUGCAAUGGGAGUCUUAUCUCCCAGCCUGUCAGUUUCCUCCCCAGGGCAGAGCUCCCCUUCCUGCGAGAGUCUGGGAGGCGGUGCAGGCUGUCCUGGCUGCUCUGGGGAAGCCGAGGGACAGCCAUAACACCCCCGGGACAGUAGGUCUGGGCGGCACCACUGGGAACUCUGGACUUGAGUGUGUUUGCCUCUUCCUUGGGUAUGAAUAUGUGAGUUCACCCAGAGGCCUGCUCUCCUCACACAUUGUGUGGUUUGGGGUUAAUGAUGGAGGGAGACACCUCCUCAUAGAUGGCAGGUGCCCACCCUUGAGGGAGUCUCCCAGCAUGGGUGGAUGCCGGGCAUGAGCUGCUGUAAACUAUUUGUGGCUGUGCUGCUUGAGUGACGUCUCUGUCGUGUGGGUGCCAAGUGCUUGUGUAGAAACUGUGUUCUGAGCCCCCUUUUCUGGACACCAACUGUGUCCUGUGAAUGUAUCGCUACUGUGAGCCGUUCCCGCCUAGCCAGGGCCAUGUCUUAGAUGCAGCUGUGCCGCAGGUCAGCUGAGCCACAGUCCCAGAACCAAGCUCUCGGUGUCUCGGGCCACCAUCCGCCCACCUCGGGCUGACCCCACCUCCUCCAUGGACAGUGUGAGCCCCGGGCCAUGCAUCCUGCUCAGUGUGGCGUGGGUGCCGGGGCUGAGCCCGUUGAGCUGCUUCAGUGAAUGUACAGUGCCCGGCACGAGCUGAACCUCAUGUGUUCCACUCCCAAUAAAAGGUUGACAGGG